UAUUCCGGUAUAUACCAAAGAAUCCUUCACAAUGCCAUGUCCUUAUUUAUAUAAAAAUUUAACUAUUUCAUAAAUUUCAAAGAAAAGUUUAUAUCCACACUGGAAGAAUAAAGUGCAUUUCGAGCCGGAACUGUUUCACUAUAAUUGAAUUUCUUAUCAUUAGCAAUCUAAACAAUAAUAUUAUCUCUCUCGUUUGGAUGCAAACCGAUCCCAUGUAGCCUAAUUGUAGUCAAGUGAAGAACAAAGCCGGCAUCGUUACUCUCUACAAAAAAAUCAGGAUUACAAAAACUCGUAGUGAAUGAGAAGUCUGGUUUAAGAGCUGAAGAUGUUUUUCAUAUUUUAAAUUCUUUUUCUUUAAUUCUGGCGAAUUCACAUCAAUUAGAUUACCUUUAAUAACUUAAGAAAAAUCUUUUUAAAUUAUUCCUUUCUAUAUUUAAAGAACUUUAUCAGAUAACAUUUAAGUGAAAUUUUGUUAAUAAAAUGCUGCAAUGCAGCUUAGCCAACGAGGUCUACUUUUUAGGCUUCUUUAGAACAAAAAAAAUUUUUUUUUUAAUGAAAGAUAAGGAGAAAGAAUCUUUACAAAUGGUUUAGGUGUUCAGUUGGACUUUAGUAAGAAACCUUUUGUGUGCAGCGAAUUGGGUGGCGAUUCGUUAUCGUAUGUGAUUAUUUUACAUACGGACAAUCGUUUUAAUCAGUAAUGAGAAGUGGUAACUAGACGUUCUCCGUUUUUAAAUUUAAACAAUAUGGACUCCGAUGAUGGAUUUAUUAGUUCAAGCAACUACAGCAAACAAAAUAAAUCCCGGAGGCCAUGUUAUUCAUAUGUGGAAGGGCAAAGGACACGAUUUUGUCCAUUAUAAACCUAACACACCUAUUGGAUCUUUAGAUACAAACACCAUAUAUAUUGUGCCUAAAAGUUCAGUUAUAGAUCCUCCUACAAAAAGAAUGUCCAAGACUGUGAAACAGCCAUUUGAGCAAACCUUUAGACUACAGGUAAAUCUGCCAAGGAAUCAAUUAAUGGUUUUAAGAGUCAGUCCAAAAACUCAAUUAAGAGAGGUAAAACAAAUGGCAUGUACAGAAAAACAUUUAGAUCCAUCAAAAUAUCAAUUAGUUCAUCCAAAUCGUCCCAGCCAAAUAUUGGAUCUGUCUACACAGUUAAUUGAUUAUGGUAGUACAGAAAUCACAUUAAUGUCCAUAUCGAAUAUAGAAGCCAAUAUUUAUAAUUCAGCAACAGAUCUAAUAGCUUUCUCUACAAGAGAAGAAGACAAAAAGAAAAAAGGAAUUCUUAGCAUUUUCUCCAAGAAAAAAAACAAAGGAAGUUUUGGAGGAUCUAGUAGUGAUUCUGUAAAUAAAGGAAUAUCUCCAUAUAACACUCUAGAAAACGCAUCUAAAUCAGGUUUAAAGAAAAGACCUGCACCUCUCCCACCACAAACAAAACUUGUUAAUAGUAGGAUUGAAUCAGUUUCACAUUCUCGUCACAGUUCUGACUCUAGUGGAUAUCAUGAAUCAUCUGUAUUUAGUGAUUCUCCAGAAACAUCAAGUGGAAGUGGAUUGAGCAGUCUUGAUUCAACUGAUAACCAUGUGAAUGGUAAACUAAGUAAUGGUAUUACAAAAAUGGUUAUUCAAACUCAAUGUACUGCUCCUAAAAAACGAAAAGCCCCACCCCCACCUGUUCUGUCAGCUGAAACUCAAAAUAAAGAAAAUUUCAAAAAUAUAUCUGAUGAUAAUAGCAAAGAAAGCAAAUGUCCUGUUAUCGAUGCAUCACCUGAAUAUGAAGAAGAUGAAGUCAUAUUCUCAGCAACUGAUGCAAGGAGAAUGAGUCUUUCAUCUUUGGGAACGAUUGAUGAUAUUGAAAAUUCUUUUGAACAAACAAUUGCUGAAGCUCAGCGAGUUAUUGACUUGGAAGAAGAAAUGAAAAAGAACACAGAAGUUAAAGAAUUUGAAGAAAAAGUGAAAUCUGUUACUAAAACUGAAGUUGUAACAUUACAUGCUCGACUGGAACAGGAUAUAAACAAACAACAAAUCCAUUCAGAAAUCAAUACAGCAUUUAAUGCUUUACAAUUGCAAAAGGACAUGAAAAAAAAUGCUUGUUAUGAUAUAGAUAGAAAAGAAGAAGAACAGAAUCAAAAUGAAAAACAAACUGAUGAUAAAACUACAUUGCAAGUUUUACCAAUGCCAUGUAGAAAACUAGCCUCUUCUGAUGAAUCUAGUGAUGAAGUGUUUGAAAGAUGUAAUCAUGUAAUAAGAAAGAAAUCAAGGUCUAAAACAAAACGAAAACAAAAACCAGCUCAACAAAUAACAGAUAACACUAAAGAUGAUUCUAAAAAGUUAGAAAAUUUCUCAAUUGGUUCUUAUACAUCAAAUGAAAAUUAUUUAGUUCCAUGUGAACAAAUAACUGAAAGAAAAACAGAGCAUGGUUCACUUCAGAGAUCAUCGGAAAGAAAAUGCAUUACAAAAUCAGAAUCUUUUAAUGUAUCAAGAGAAGAAUGGAUUAAAAUUCGACCAAAGAAAGGUGGUUAUGGAGGUCCUGGAGUACGAAUUCGUUCAUUUUUAGAGAGAAGUGAUAAAAAGAAGCCAAAUGAUAACAAAGUUUAUGGACUAGAAGGAUCUGUGAGAGGUAUAAAAGGGCAAGUGAGACUUCGAUGUGCUGAGAUAACAGAUAUGGGAUUUUCACCUGCCUUAAAGGAAAAGUCCAGAUCAAUGUUAAAUUUAAUUCCUGAAAACAACAUUAAUGUUGAGACUGAAAUACCACUUGAUACCAAAGAAGAAAAUUCAAACAAUUCUAGUUUAUUGAAGCGUGCUUUAUCUGAACAUAAUUUGAGUGGUGCAGAUUUAAUGAUUAAUGAAGAAUCUAAAUCUGAAUUUGCAAAGGAACAAGAACGUCUGCAACAAGAAUACAGAAAGUUACAAAAACAAUUUGUAGUCUGGCAGAAACAACUAAUGUCUAAUCAUACAUUAUUAGAAAAAGAAUGUUUAUUCCCAAAAAAGUGUGUAAUUCAAGAAGAUAAACCCACAAAAAGUAAUCAUUUUAAACCUGUUGUUAAAGUAAGAGAAUCAAAAUCAUUAACAAGAAACACAAAAUCAGAAUUAUUAAAUAAUGUAACAUUAUCAACUUGGGAUUCAAACAGGUUAACAGAUUAUUCUUCUUUGCCAAAUAAAUCCAGUAUUCGUCAGUCAUUUUCAGAAAAGAGGAAUGAGAAAAUAGACAUAAAUUCUUCAGAUUUAAAAAUCAAAACAAAGAAUUUGUCAUCCAAUGGCUUACGUUCUUCUUCUAACAAAACUUAUUUUAAACCACCAGCAGUGAGAUCUUCAAGCAGUACAAGACAACGAUUACCUCCUGAGGUGCGUACUGAAGAUGAAGAGAAAAAUAUUUCAAUUAAUAAAAUUGAAAAUAGAAAAGAAAGAAUAAGUAGAAGAGAUAGUUUUGAAAAAUUUGAAAAUUCAAAAAUGACUAUUCAGAAUCAACCUCCAGAAAACAUUUCUGUUGAUAAUAGGAAAAAUGGAACAGUAAAGUCAACUAAUGUUAAAAAUAUCAAAUCUACCUUAGAAAUUUCAAAGGUGAGUGAAAAAUCAACUAAUAAAACACCAAUCAAAGGAUCAGUGCCAAUGUAUACUUAUUUUGGAGGACCACUACAUAAAAAUAAUUAUAAUUCCCAAAUUCAUAAUUAUGAUGAUUCAUGGUCAAAAAAAGAAAAUCAACAGAAAUUGCAAACUAAUACAAAUACCAAAGAACAAAAUGUAAUACAUUGUUUAGUUACAGUGCCACCUCCACCACCUCCACCGCCACCGCCACCUCAACUUCCUUUGCCUACUGAUGUUAAUAAACAAACUUCUGUUUGCCAAACUGUAGAAAAGAAACCACGAACAUCAGUGUCUAAUCAUUCUGUUGAUCCACGUGAUAAGUUAAUGAUAGAAGUUAGGAAUUUUGGAGGACGAAAAGGACUUCGUAAGAUAUCAAAUCCAGAACCUGCCUGGCAGUUAAAUGUGUUUGGUCCACAGUUCACUUCAAAAGCUUAAUAAAAUUGGAUGCCUUAAAAAAUAAUAAUCUGCUAGAAUUAAUGAUGAAAAAUCUGUUUAAUUAAUGUAAUUAAUACGAACAGCUAUAAUCAACUUUGAAAUUAGUAUUAAAUUGUAAAUACUGUAUUGGUUAAAUUCUGUAUCAAUGUGUAUCUAUUUUGUUUUUAUUGAAAUGGACUCAUGGGUAAAUCAUUCCAUGUAGUAAAUGUUGUCGUAACUAAUUUUCUAUCUAAUGAAAAGGAAGAUAAACUGUAUUGUACAUAAGAAAAAAUAAUGUAAAGUUGAAAAUGGUAAAUUUUAACUAAUUUGUAUAUUUUCAACUUAUUUGUAAUUCACAACAGUAAAUUAAAUGUGAAGUCUAUAUAAAAU